AUGACCCCUGCAUGGAUUUUCGCAGAUCGUAGAAUCCCGAUUGGAGUAGUUCUCCCAAGGAUGAACACCAUGUCUAUCUUGUCCAUUACGUGUCUGUUGUGCCUGCUUCCCCUUGUUCUCGGUAUCCCCCAACCAGUCCCAAACCUCGUUAGUGGUCUUAGACUGCGAGGCUGCGGAGAAUUUGACGUCGACUCAGAGAUUUAUCGCGCACAGUGGCAAACACGGCGUUCUUCGGACUUGAUCGAUUCGUACAACCACAAGCACAAUGACAGGGCGGGAUACACCGGGAGGCUCGAUUCUAUCCCGUUCGAGACUGACUCGAGGAACUCCUGGAAGUCAGAGAGCGCCUUGAAGGCUUCAAAGUCCCCGUACAUGACUCCAAGAGCCGUGCAAAGAAUUUCUGAGGCGGCGAAUUCUCCUGCUCAACUUUCGCCGGCUUCGCCCGUGACGGACGAAGAGCAGCAAUCUACGCACACACAGCCUGUUCAGCAUCGGGUCAUGUUUCGCGAGCGAUCGAGCCCACACCCCAUGACUCCUUCAGAGAAGGUUGUCAAUAGAGCGCUUCAGCUCGACGAGACCCUGAGAUCAACCGGGUAUGAGCGAGAUGAGAUUCUAUCCACUGCAAACGUCGAGAAGGCGGUUUUCAAGACUCCGCUCCCCCGUCCGGAAGCUCUUGAAGCGUAUCACAAGGACUAUUCCGAAGAUCUUAUGGAGCGCAGGCCCCCAGUAGCGGACUACGGCAAAACCAUUGAGAAAGAUGUGUUUGAGGCCUCCCGACAUCAGAAAAGCAAACUCGAGGAAAUGAUGGCGAUCGCAACAAACCAUGCCACGUCCACCACCAAGUCAAGCCCUCAGCAGAACAGUGUGAAACGAAUCAGCUUGAAUACGAAGAUGGAUCAGGUCAAAGCAAGAGAAGACAAGGAAGAAUACCAAUACCAGGAGAGAUAUCAGCACCAUGAAGAUUCUGCUCGCUUGUCGGCGAAGCCUCAGCAACCUUCCAUCGAGACCUCUUCACUCCCUGAUGUGCUCAACGCUCACUGCGAAAGACUUUUCCGGGUUAUCGGGGGUCUCGAAUCGUCGAAACAGGCCCUGCAAGACGCAAUCACUUGUUGGAGAGCUGAGGUUGACAGCACUAAGAAAGCUAAGGGAUCUCCUCUCAGAGACAAUGUUGCCAGUGCCUCUCCCGAUCGAGCCUCCCCGGAAAGGGUGGAUCUGCGCGAUCAACUGAACACCAGAGUUUCCCCUGAUCGAGCGGAACUUUGCGACCAGCCAAACAUCAGAGUUUCCCCGGACAGAGCGGAACUUCGCGACCAGGCCAACACCAAACCUGUUCGAAGAGAACAAACGGCAGUUGGUGCAAGGAGGCGACAGGCAUCGUUGAAUGCAACCCCCUCAACGGCUCUUAUGGUUUUCUUUGCCUUGCCAACAUGUUCGACUGCUUUUCCUCUCAAUUCGCUUCUGACGUCCUUGCAGGCUGUUGGUAUCUGCUCAGCAAAGUCAUGCUCGGCUCUUUCCCGUUUGAGGUGA